AUGAAGAAAGAUAUAGAGUCUUUAAUAGCCCAGGAAAAAGCAGAGAUCGUUGCCAAGUAUGAGAAGGGCAGGCAGGAGGGAGCUCAGAUUGACCCAUGGGAAGAUGCCAAUUUCACGCUGUAUAAAGUUACAGACCGGUUUGGAUUCCUGCACGAGCAGGAGCUGCCGAUCCGCACGGCCUUGGAGGAGUUUAUUCAAAAACAGCAGGAAAUCGAACGUGUGGACAAGUGGCUGAAGAUGCUGAAGAAAUGGGGCAAAUACAGAAACAGUGACAAGAUGUGCCGGCGAGUGUACAAAGGGAUCCCACUUCAGGUGCGAGGCCAGGUCUGGUCGCUUCUGUUGGAUGUUGAGAAGAUGAAAAACGAGAACAACGGAAAAUACGAGCAAAUGAAAGAGCAAGCAAAGAGCUUUUCCUCAGAAAUCAAGCAGAUAGAUUUGGAUGUUAACCGCACCUUCCGAAACCACAUCAUGUUUCGGGAUCGCUACGGAGUGAAGCAACAGGCACUCUUCCAUGUCCUGUCAGCAUACUCGGUUUAUAACACCGAAGUGAGCUACUGCCAAGGGAUGAGCCAGAUUGCAGCCAUCCUCCUGAUGUACUUGAACGAAGAGGAUGCGUUUUGGGCACUGGCACAGCUGCUGACCAACCAGCGGCAUGCCAUGCACGGUUUCUUCAUUCCUGGGUUCCCGAAGCUGCAGAGAUUUCAAGCUCAUCACGAGCAGAUUUUAAGCAAACUGUUUCCCAAACUGAAGAAGCAUAUGGACAAGGAGCAGAUGACUACAGGGAUUUACACGACCAAGUGGUUCCUGCAGUGUUUCAUUGACCGGACCCCCUUCACCCUGACCCUGCGUCUGUGGGAUAUCUACAUCCUGGAAGGAGAGCGGGUGCUGACGGCCAUGGCGUACACCAUCCUCAAACUGCACAAAAAGCGCUUGCUGAAGAUGACGCUGGAAGAUUUACGGGAAUUCCUGCAGGAGAAAAUUGCUGCUUCCCUGCAGUAUGAGGAUGAUGCCGUCAUCGAGCAACUGCAGGUGUCAAUGACAGAACUGCGCAAGAUGAAAUGUGACCUCCCCCCGCCAGCAAAGCCUGAGGAGUUCCCACGGAAACCCCUGGGCCUGGAGCUCUCCCUCAACCCAGUAGCAGUGAAGAGCAAUGUGGUAGCCAACAGCCAGAAUGGCCAGGUGGGCGAGCACCCCCCAGACAGGGAGCCCCAUCCUCACACAGGUGGCUGCCAGCAGCUCUCCAGUGCAUCACGACACGCCAACGGCUCCCCCGGCAGUGAGCGUGGGAAGGAGACGGCCGAGAAGCGCUGCAGAGCAGCGCUACUGGACGAAACAGACUUGAAGCACUUGGUAUCCAAAGCUGCAUCCACGGGGGAGCUUGCCAGCCUGCAGCAGAACGGGCCCGGCAGCGCCACCAACACCAUGCACUGUCUGGGGGGUCCGGGGGUGCUGCCUGCGCACGGACCAGGGAACAGCCCCUACACCGUUAUCAAGACCACCACUCCCCUCCACCUCGCCCACGCGACGGAGCAGGACUUCUUGAACAGAAAGCAGGUGGCAUUGCCUCUGCUGGAGACCGGACGGCCGCUGCCUGCCAUCUCCAUGCCACCACCUCCUGUGCUGGACCCGGAGGAGGUAGAUGCCCAAAAAAGCCUCCAGAAACCAUUAAAUACACUGAAAGCCCCGCGACCUGCCCUGAGCCCCAAACCAAAAUUACCACCUCAGGCUGCCAAAUCCCGCUCCGAGAAUAGUUUCCUUUCAGGCCCUCCUCCCCUAGAAAAGCUGCCGAAAUCGGUGACGUUUUAG